UGUGCGGAAACUUCUUCUUCACUUUUGUCUCCGCGCUGCUCGUCGAAGGAACCGGACCCGAGGCCGGAGAACGAGCUCGGAACCCGGGGGAAGUUUGUCCGGAGUAGCCGCUGGAGGUGACGAGUGCGAGUCAACAUGGCCGCUCACACGGUCUUUUCGGAGGAGAUGUUUCCUGUCGGGGUUUCUGUCAUGGAAGAGGGUCCGAGUCUUAACACGCUGCCCGCCCCUCAGCUGGUGAUGCUGGCCAACGUGGCGGCGGUGACGGCAGGGGAGGGCGGCGGCGGUGACGGCGGCGCCGGUGACGGCAGCACGGCUGACGAGAAGGAGAUGAUGGAGCUGAAGACGGUGGGAAGCAGCUUCUCCGACAGCGAGGACGAGAACAUCAUCAGGUACAGCUACGACAACCACAGAGAGGUCUGCAUCAUCGAGUACCCCGAGUCGCCCGCCCCCCUCAGCGCCGUGGUCGUCGGUGGUAACCAUGCAGCGGACGAAGAGGAGGACGAUGGGGACAAAGCUGAAGACCUGUCUCACCGACCUCAGCCCUGCCCCCCCACUGAAAAGAAAAUACCCCAGAAGGUGGUCAGACUUAAAGACGGCCCUGUCCCCGGGGAGGGGGGGGCGAAGAAGAAGAAGCCGUUCCACUGCAAGCCGUGUCACUUCCAGGCGCAGAGCGAGCAGCAGUUCGUGGAACACCUCAGCAGCCACAGCGUCAGCAAGAUGAUGGUGGUGAACCGGGUGGAGGGGCGCAGCAAGACCAAGGCCAAGGAGACGGAGAACCCCGAGUCCCAGCCGCCGUCGGGCGGGGAGGGGGACAGCGGCGGAGAGACGGGGGGCACCACAGGUGACAUCAAAGGGCUGAUCAGGUGUGAACGGUGCGGAUACAACACCAACCGAUACGACCACUACAUCGCACACCUGAAGCACCACAGCAAGGAGGGCCAGGACCACAGGGUGUUUAAGUGCACGCUGUGUCCAUACACCACGGUGAGUCAGUACCACUGGAGGAAACACCUGAGGAACCACUUCCCCAGUAAACUUCACACCUGCAGCCAGUGCUCCUACUUCUCCGACCGCAAGAGCAACUACAUCCAACACAUCCGCACUCACACAGGUGUGCGUCCCUUCCAGUGUCUGUACUGUGACUACUCCAGUUCCCAGAAGACUCACCUGACCCGACACAUGAGGACUCACUCAGGUGAGCGUCCGUUCAAGUGUGAGAGCUGUAACUACCUGGCAGCCAAUCAGCACGAGGUGACCCGUCACGCCCGGCAGGUCCACAACGGCCCCAAGCCUCUGUCCUGCCCCUACUGCGACUACAAGACCGCCGACCGCAGCAACUUCAAGAAGCACGUGGAGCUCCACCUCAAUCCUCGUCAGUUCCUUUGCCCGCUCUGCAAAUACGCCGCCUCCAAGAAAUGCAACCUGCAGUACCACAUCAAGUCCAGGCACUCCGGCUGCGACGUCUCCGUGGACGUCUCCAAAGUCAAACUGCGAGCCAAGAAGCUUGGUCCUGACAGCGUGGAACAAAACUCAGACCCCAGAGCAAGCAAGCCUGACAAUUCAUCUUGCAUUGAGGAGGAUUCUGACAUGGAUGAUGGAAAUGAGGCUGAGACUCUGGACUCCAGCCCAAUCAAUCUGUCAACCAGAAAGAGCAGCCGGCCCAGCUCCGCCCACUCGCUGCAGAGUGAAACACCGGAAAAGGCUCCGAAGAAAUCCAACGUCACGUCCGAGAAAGAGAAGCUGCUGAAAACAAAGGACAAGAUGGAGCCAGAGAGAAAAAUCACAACAAGGCAGAAGAAAAACGAGAAGGUCAACGAAAAACAUACAGACAACUCAACUGCUAAAGAAACACAGACGAUGGCUUCUGUAAACACAGACACUAAGGUCAAGAGGCGGGUCAAGAGGCCGCCGGCAGAGAAACCAACGGUUCAGGACCAAGCAGAAGAACCCAAAUCCCUCAAAGACCAGAAGGACACAGAGAAAUCUGACCAACACAGAUCCAAGGAGGAAAGAAUCGUGUGGACAAAGGUGGUCAAAGAUGAAGAGAAGCCUGGGAGGGAAAAAGAACAGAAGAAUGAUGGCAGUGGAAAGGAGAACAAAAGCUUCAAUAAACAUAGGAAGUUGGGAUCAAAGAAGACGGAGAAAACUAGAGAACAUGUGGAAGAAGAAGAAGAAGCUCAAGAGAAACCACAAAGUCCUCAGAGGAAGGAGAAGACUUCCAAGAGGAAAGUGGGAGAGGUGUUAGAUCUUUCCAAAAAGUGCUCAGCUGAGACGCCGUCCAAGACCAGGCGGAUGAAAGCCGUAGCUGCUGAGAAGCUGCAGUCGGAAGCCGCUUCCGAUUGGUCCAACGAGGCCGAUGAAGCCACGCCCACGCAGCUCAAAUCCAACGGGGAAACACCAGUGAAGCACAAGAGGACCAGGAAGUCCAGCAAGAGAGUCCCAGGACUUCAGCAACCUGAUGACUCAGCUGAAGAGAAGAUGACAUCAGCUCCAGAAGCUUCCACGCCACCAGAGAACCCAGCGGGCGCCACGAGUCCUGAGCCCCCCCCGACAGAACCCUGCCCCGAGCAGCAGAAACCCCCCCCAGAUGAAACUGUGCUGGAGACGCCUCGGAACCAGACCUGCGAGCAGAUGGAAGUGUCACACAGCUGCAGCCCAGCUGAGGACACGCCCUCUCCAGCUGAGGACACGCCCUCUCCAGCUGAAACCCGCCCUGCGCUGACCUUCCUCAAACCCACAUCGCCGCCCGCUCUGGUGCUUCCAGGCCAGCGAAUCAAACCCGCUGACCCCGAGGAUGACGAGGGGAUUCACAGCAGCCACGAAGGAGGAAGUGACAUCAGCGACAGCGCCUCGGAGGGCAGCGACGACUCCGGCACGCAGUCCGGGAAGAUGGCCAACGACCCGGAAACGCCCACCGACGAGAUCCCCACGCCCACGGAGCUCAAGAGCCACUUGUGCAUCUUCUGUGACCGCACGUUUCCUCUGGAGGCGGAGUACCGCCGCCACCUGAACCGCCACCUGGUCAACGUCUACUACCUGGACGACCCGGCCAAGGGGCAGAAGUGACUUCAGCGGCUUGGAUGGUUUACAUUUCGUGGCUUGAAGCUCUGAGCCAGUUCCUCCAAGUGAAGGGUCAUGACGGUUGUAUAAGAUCACUGAACUCCAGUCAGAAUGUGACCUCUGACCUGUUGACAGAGACCAAAUUGAUUUGUCUUGUUAGAGUUUCAGAUUUGCGUUGUUAGUUUGUAGCUCUUUGAUCUGAAAUCCCUCCGGCUCUCAGUCCUUCAUCACCAUGAGCAGCACGGACGCUAACACGUUUUUUGACAGUUAGCUUUUACCGGUUCCCAGAUCUAAAGCGUUCCCAUUAUAUAUUCACUUCUAUUAAGCGCCAGCACGUGAUGCCAACUGGCGUUCCAUCAGAGAGCGCCAGCUCGGGGGGGGGGCCCGUUUAAACGCUGGCUCAUUGUGAUGUGUACAUGUUAAACAUAUUCUUUUCUGAGGGGAUCUUUGUUUUUAAACCGGAAGUGCCUUUGACAAUCAACGUCUCAGCAGUUUGUUUCAGUCACAUGUGGAUUUAGCGUCUGUUAGCCUCAGCGGGAAGAUGCCGCCGCCCACUUUGGUUUUAGGUAGAACUGAACAUCGAAUAUUAAACAUUUCAUUUUCCCUCAGGACAAAUAAUUAGUUUAAUGUUUAUUAACCUUCAAAAACUGUUGCUGGAGGUAAAAUAAUAAAUGAAACUCGUGUAAAUAAAUUGGUGCAAUAUUUUCUCUUUUAGUCAAGAAGCCAAAGUGAAGACUUGUCUCCAUGGAAACAACAGCAGGAACCACGUCACAUGAUGUCAUUUGACCUUUUUAUUAUCAACUGUUACAUAUUGAUUAUUGGAAAAAAUCAAAUAGAAAAAGUUUCACUUGAGGACUUCAAAAUAAAACAUCACAGAUGUGACUUUCACACAGUCUCAUGAAUCCUCUGAGGCGUUUAGUUUCCAGUGACCUCUGACCUCACUGUUUCCUCCGUCUGCAGGUAGGAGGAGCUCUGACCAACACUAACUUCACACUGCUCCAAUUUUAAAUAAAGACUUCUUUUUAAAGCG